GAGAGAGGAGGCACAGGGUGUGAAAUCAGGCUCUCAGGGGCGAGAAGGAAGCUGUCCAAAGCCAGCUGGUCUGGCUUUGAAGUACGAGAGCGAGCGAGAGAGAGAGAGAGAGCAAGAGAGAGAGAGAAAGAGAGAGAGAGAGAGAGCACUGGAUGUCACUCAUACAGCACUGCGAGCUCCAUCAAUACCAGCAGGUUCUGUGAAGGCAUUUGUACGACCAGAGGAACAGGAGUGUCGUUCUGAGGCAGUGAAUGCAGGAAGCAUUUGGGAAUAAGGAGAGAACUGAGAAGGAAGAGGCAGGCCACUGGACACUUCUGAUCCCGUGCAAAGGAUUUGGUUGUCUUCAUUGCUCGAUCUUGGAGUGGUAAACUAGGACAGCCGAGAGGAGCGUGUACAAUGUGCUAGGAGAGCGAAGACGGACGAGUUUGGGUGUUUUAUUUCUGCUAUAGUGGAGUGUCAGAGUGAAAGGAGGAAAGUGAAAAUGGGGCGGAAGAAGAUACAGAUCACGCGGAUCAUGGACGAACGGAACAGACAGGUGACGUUUACGAAGAGGAAGUUUGGGUUAAUGAAGAAGGCUUAUGAACUGAGCGUUCUGUGUGACUGUGAGAUCGCUCUGAUCAUUUUUAACAGUUCGAACAAACUCUUUCAGUAUGCAAGCACUGACAUGGACAAAGUCCUACUGAAGUACACAGAGUACAACGAGCCACACGAGAGCAGGACCAACUCCGACAUCGUGGAGAAAUUAAGAAACAAAGGCCUUAGUGACUGUGCCAGUCCUGACCCCGAAGACUGUUUUGGGCACAGCCCCCUCGUGGAUGACCGAUACAGCAAACUUAACGAAGAGACUGGUUUAAUGUACAAGCGCUGUGCUGCGCUAAACAAGAAAGAACACAGAGGCUGUGAUAGCCCGGACCCCGAUGCUUCAUAUGUCCUCACCCCCCACACAGAAGAAAAAUAUAAAAAAAUUAAUGAGGAGUUUGAUAAUAUGAUGAGAAAUCAUAAAAUCCCGUCUACUUUGCCGCAGCAGAACUUCUCCAUGCACGUGGCCGUGCCGGUGACAAACCCAAACGUCUUGUCCUACAGCAACCCCGGGAUCUCCCUAGGAAGCCAGGCCCCCGUAUCGCUAGCUGACAGCGGCAUGCUGUCUCCUCCCCAGGGGUCACUGCACAGGAACGUCGUGCCUCCAGGAGCCCCUCAGAGACUCCCCAGCACUGGCAGCGCAGGUAACGGCUAUGUGAACUCGCGUGGCUCUCCCGGCCUCAUGGGCAGCCCGAGCGGGAACGGGCUUGGCAAGGUUAUGCCCGCGAAGUCUCCGCCCCCUCCCGGGGGGAACCUGGGCAUGGGCAGCCGCAAGCCGGACCUGCAUGUGGUCAUCCCUCCGUCCAGCAAGGGCAUGAUGCCCCCACUGUCGGAGGAGGAGGAAAUGGAUUUGGUGAGUCUGGAAAGCGCUUGGAGAGAGAGAGAGAAUAAUGCCCAGAGGAUAAGCAGCUCCCAGUCGCAGCCGCUUGCCACCCCGGUGGUGUCAGUCACCACCCCCAGCCUGCCCCCUCAAGGCCUUGUCUACUCAGCCAUGCCUACUGCAUACAACACUGAUUACUCGCUGAGCAGUGCAGACCUGUCUGUCUUGCAGGGGUUCAGCUCCCCGGUGGGGCUGUCUCUCAACUCUGUCUCCUCCUGGCAGCACCACCACCUGGGACAGGCGACUCUCAGCUCACUGGCGUCUGGCAGCCACUUACCUCAGGGUUCCAACCUCUCCAUCAACACCAACCAGAACAUCAACAUCAAGUCUGAGCCCAUCUCACCCCCUCGGGACCGCGUCCCCCCGUCGGGCUUCGGGCCGCAGCCGCCCCCGUCGCGCCAGGACAUGGGCCGCUCACCCGCCGACAGCCUCAGCUCCUCCAGCAGCUCGUACGACGGCAGCGACCGCGAGGACCUGCGCACCGACUUCCAGGCGUCAAUGGGGCUGGGGAGGCCUCCUGCUGGCGGGGAGGACCGAGAGAGCCCCUCAGUGAAGCGCAUGCGCAUGGAGAACUGGGUGACAUAAAACCCAGGAGCUGUCCCGCUGCUCCAUACGCUGCUCACAGUCACGAUGGGGAGAGGGGGGGCGGGGUUUCAGGGGCUUUAUCUUAUUUUAUAACUCGAGAGAGAGAGAGAGAGAGAGAGAGAGGGAGAGAUGGAGAGAUGGAGAGGGAGAGCCAGAGGGAGAGGGAGAGGGUGAGGGAGAGGGAAAAUGUCCUGACAUAUCUAAAUUAAUUUACACACACACACACACACACACACAACAAAAAACGCAGAGUAGAUGAAAUUAUACAUGGAGUGAUAUACAAAUGUUAUCAGGUACUUGGUGCAAAUUAAUCGUACAUUUGCAGAAGUCCCACAUUAAUUAAAAAAAAAAAAACAAGCAAACAAAACAAACUCGACCAUUGUAGUCACUGGUGCAGUCUGACACUUACCUGUUCUUGCUGUUUUUAUAUUAUUUCUAUCAGCUGUUUGCAAGAGAAACCAACACACAGGGAAGAAUAGGGACACCCACAACCUGAUUGCUCUUGCUUGCUGAAACCAACAGUGGGGUCACCCUGCUAAAUUUGGUGCUGUCCCAAAAUUUGUUUUAGAAAGUAAAGUUAUACAUUUGGUAUUUUGUAGUAAUGCUUUGAGGUGUGGAGCUACCAAAAGGACUAGACGGGAUUGAGCAAUACUGUACAUAGAAGAUAAAGAGGAUUAGGAGGUUCAUUUCCCUAAAAGGAAUGGGUUUCCUCAGUUUGGAUAUGGCUGGUGUUGCCGUGUUUUGGGGAUGCAUGUGCAAAAGAAUAAAACGAAUACGUGCUUCAUCCAGUCAGAGAAAGAUGCACAAGGAAGCGGCAUGAGUCAAAUGAAUAUAUUAGCUUAGGAAAAUAAAGCAUUAAGAGAAAUAAUAUAUUGAGUUAUAAUUGGAAAUAUGGUUGAAAAAGAAGUUCAUACCUUAAAAUGAUAUUUAAAAAAAAAUGAAAUAAUGAGACAUAUAUUUUUAUUAAAUGAGACCUACAGUGGUAGCUCCCAUUUGAAUUGAUAACAAUACAUACAUACAUAUAUAUCUAUAUAUAUAAAUUGAAAUACUUCUAAACACUUUCAGCUAGGAAUUAUUUAUACAAGCCAAAGCUGUAUGUUGAUGUUUUUAUUUUCUAGGUAUGGAUUUUAAUUUGUUAUUUGGAACUUUGGAACUUUUUUUUACAUUUUCUUUCAAAGGAAAAACUAAAAAACUAAAUGCAAGCAAGACAUUGAAACGAAGACAAAAGCCAUGAACACUCGCUGUUCUGUUUGUAAAUUUGAGCCAAACUUUUUUUUGUUUGUGUACAUAGCAACUUUAAUAUAUAUCACCUUUGGUGUAAGUACGUAUGUAUUGUACCUUCACCAGAAAAAAAAAAAAAAAGUCUAUUUUUGUGGAUUAGCGCCAAGUUGACAAGGCGACGUCCUUAUUAAGUAGAGUAUUCACUGGUUAAUAUUUACUAUUUUGUUAAAUAUGCUGUACUUUCUUCAAAUUUGAAUUCUUCUUCUUCUUAUUGUUAAUAUCCAGAGUUUUCAGAGGGUAGUUUCUGGGUCGUUCUCCCUUUAAUGGUGGUGAAUGUGUGUCCUUUAAAAUUUGUAAAACAGUGCUGUAUGGUAAAGCUUCACUGUAUCUUUUUGUAAAGAAAAAAAAAUGCAAAGCAAAAAGAAAAUCUGGAUCCAGUUCUAACUGUGGAAUUCUGUCGUGUGUGUGUGUGUGUGUGUGUGUGUAUAUAAUACACACACACAUCGCUGGAGCAUUGAGAUGAAGCUGCUGAACAAGCUGUCUACUUUAAAACCUUGAAUAACCCUUUUAUUGAAAAAAAAAAAAACUUUUUUGUUUACAGUUUUAACUAUUUAAUUACAAUAUUUUACAUCUUUUGCUCCUGUCUUUAUAAAUGAAUAAAUAAAUAAUCAAGUCCCUUUUAAGGUGAUAAAGUAGCAGCAACUUCAGUAGCAAAAAAAUAAAAAGAAAUGUGAAUUCAUUUCUGGAUUUCGCAUGCACCUGUACAUGAGGUUUGCUGUACAACUUUUUGAAGGAGUUUCCCCUUUGCAUUUGCUGUCUAUUUCCUUGUGUGCCUUUUUCAAGAUCCAUAGGCAUCGCUCCUCCCAGCCACUGAACGUGACUCUAAACUAAUAAUCUAUGCAGUGUCCGGAUAGUGCACUAAAGACCAUCCAUUUCCCAAACAAUUACACUGUAGUGUAGAAGAACACACACUGCUAAUCAUCACAUCAAGGACACCCUCACACACACAGCACUGUAGUGUAGAACACACACCUCUAAUCAUCACAUCAAGGACACCCUCACACACACAGCACUGUAGUGUAGAACACACACCUCUAAUCAUCACAUCAAGGACACCCUCACACACACAGCACUGUAGUGUAGAACACACACCUCUAAUCAUCACAUCAAGGACACCCUCACACACACAGCACUGUAGUGUAGAACACACACCUCUAAUCAUCACAUCAAGGACACCCUCACACACACAGCACUGUAGUGUAGAACACACACUGCUAAUCAUCACAUCAAGGACACCCUCACACACACAUCACAUCAUUCCAAGUUUACUCAGUUCUUAGUGAACUGAUAUUAUGACUGUUAACACUGAAGUGCUCACCAGUGUUUAUUGGACUGGGAUGCCCGCAGAUGUAGUUUUGAACUGCAAUCGAUGUCAGCCACUGCACCAGUUAAGCACAAGAAACACUAACCUAUGGCAUACCUUGCAAAAUCGUUUCAAGGGCUUUCUGAAUGCAUUUGCUGGAAAGCUGUGUUUUAGCCAUUUCGUUUGCCCUCUAUUAUCCCUUUGGCAGCCUAAACACAUGUACAGUAUAGCCUCUUGAAAUAUGCAGUGCCCCAGUAAUACUGUUCUUUAUAGUCCUUCAAGCUGCAGAGCUCUGCUUGUUACUGCAGCUCCAAUUAAAGCUGACUGUUGCUCAGGAUUGUGGAACUGCCUUUAAUUUCAUGCAGUUCCACCAGCAAACUGUCCUCGGCUUAUACAGCACUCAAGCUUAUGCCAGACCUCACUGUUGGAACAUAUGUACCAGUUAGCAUUUAAAAAAAGAGAAAACCCAUCUAUGAUACAAGCUUCAAAAACAGCAACUGAAUUGCAAUAAGGGUUUCUAAUGGACAAGGCAGCCCCUGUUAAAGCCAGUUUUUAGAUCUAUUGUAAUAGUGACCUAUUUACUCAAGGAUCUGAUAAGUGCACAGAAUACAGGUAGCUCUCCCCCUUCCCUUCUUACUGUGUUGUGUGCACACAAGAAAUACAUAGUAAAUAUAAAGAAAUAUAUUGAGAUAUAUAACUAAAGCUCCUUGGGUCUGGAUGCUAUUUAUGGAAAAAUAAAAAGUGCAUAAAACAAUGAAUGUGAAAGAAAGGGAUUUGGAAAAAAGAGCCGUUUGUAGAAAACUUUCUUCACUUUGCUGUGCAAGAGUACACUGCUUUGCUUCUGGGUUUUUUCAAACAGAACUGUGUAUUUGGUAAUUGUUUGUAGUUAAUAGUUCACUCAGAAAGCUGUUUGCGGUUUGAAGGUUCAGACCGUUUGGCGGCACAAGCUGGACUUUGUUGCCAUGGAGAUGAAACAAGACGUUUCAGAAUCAAGAGAGAAUAUUAAGUUAACCUGCGUUUUAUUUUCCCUGAAUGUGUUGUUUUAUCUUCAUUAUACAAUAAAUAUUCUAGUGAACUUUUUAUCGAAUGACUUAAGAUAUUAUGCUAGAGAUUGUUGUACAAAUUUGUAUCCUGCAUUCACUAAAGUAAAGAUAUUGGCUUUUAUUGUGUA